AUGGAGGAAACGUACCUGCUGAAUGUGGAAGGGGUCAGAAAGAAGAUCCUGCACGGAGGCCGAGGGGAGCUGCCGAAGUUCCAGGAUGGGAGCAAGAUCACUUUCCACUUCCAGACACUGAAGGACAACUUUGAGCGGACGGUGAUCGAUGACAGCCGGGAGGCCGGCAUGCCCAUGGAGAUCAUCGUGGGCAAGAUGUUCAAGAUUGAGAUCUGGGAGACACUGCUCUGCUCCAUGAGGACGGGGGAGGUUGCGGAGUUCUGGUGCGAUGCCAUCCACACAGGGAUGUACGCCCUGGUCUCCAAGGGCAUGCGGAGGAUCGCGGAGGGCCGGGACCCCCUGGAAGGGCAGAAGCACCGCUGCGGCAUGGGCAACAUGUUUGACUACCACAGCACGGGUUACGAUGACCUGGAUGAACUGCAGCGGACACCUCAGCCCCUCAUCUUCAUCAUGGAGCUGUUCCGGGUGGAGGAGCCCUCAGCCUACAAACGUGACACCUGGGCCAUGAGCAAGGAGGAGAAGCUGGCGGCCGUGCCUGUGCUGCACAGCGAGGGGAACCGCCUCGUCCUCCAAAAGGACUUCCAGCGUGCAGCCGAGAAGUACCAGGAGGCUGUCAUCUGCCUGAGGAACCUCCAGGCCAAGGAGAAGCCAUGGGAGGAAGGCUGGCUGAAGCUGGAGAGCCUGGUCACACCGCUGGUGCUCAACUACUGCCAGUGUCAACUGGAGCUGGGGGAGUACUACGAGGUGCUGGAGCACACCACGGAGCUGCUCCAGAAACACAACGACAAUGCCAAGGCCUAUUUCAAGCGGGCGAAGGCGCACGCGGCCGUGUGGAACGAGCGAGAGGCGCGGGAGGAUUUCCUACGUGUGGCCCACCUCGACCCCGCCAUGGCGGCCGCCGUCAAGAAGGAGCUGAAGCUGCUGGGGGAGAGGAUGAGGAAGAAGCAUGUGGAGGAUCGGAAACGUUAUCAGGGGCUCUUCCAGCAACCCUGGGGGGGGAGGGCUGGCAUGGGUGGGAAGCAGCAGGAGGAGUCGGGGCUGGUGAAGGAGAACAAGGAAUGGCUGGGGAUGGAUGUGGAAAGGAAGCAGGGGGAAGAGGAACAGCCCGAGGGGAGGCUGAAGUGGUGGGAAAUGGGGUGGGACAGGGUGGGGAAGUAA